UGAGAUGGUGCAAAAUUGCUCACAGGUUACCAUAGCAACUUUAUGAGACGUCGGUCCAAGUUUUGAGCACGUUCAAACAAGGCGUGGCUUCUUCGAGUGAGUGAGCGAAAGAUAGGUUAUAGUAGAGAAGCUGAGAGAGAGACGCGAUGGAUGCUGGAGCCGUCCUGCUCUCGCUUGAAGCUUUGUUCGUUUACAGUCCGUUUAUUGCGCCUUCUGUCUAAAUCAACCAACAAGGUGGCUACCGUGGUCUUCCUCCGACGAUUUUUUAAUUUACUGUGUAAAUUUUUUCAUAGCGGCGCUGAUCACAACGGCGAUAGAAGAAGAGGAUAGACUGAAUUUGUUCUCCAUACAAAGGCUUCGAAAGGCCCACAUCUCAACAUCAUGAUCAUGCACAUGAUAGGUACUUUUAGACAAAGGUCCUUUUAGACGGACGUGUGAAUAUAAGGUGGUUUUCCCGGACAUGGAGCCUGCUGUGUGCUGUAAGGAUCAAAGCAAGAAAAAGGCUCGAUGGACUCUGCUGAAAACAGCUCAGGACACAUCAGUAUAACAGGCGUUUGGAGCAAAAUGACUAACACAAAGGCAUCGCUUGUUUGUGUGGACAGUGUAAGAAAACGACUGAGGGUUAUUUCCAUGGUGACCAACCUCAUGGCUACCACUACAGAGACUAUAGUGCAAACCCCAGGAAACCUGUCAGACCAUAAAGACCAAAGAGGAAGUGAAUUUGGUCAUACCCAUCAGGAACUAAACCCGUCUGUGCUGAGUGCUGAUGAGAGUAACUCUGUUCUCCAGGGAAUCAUAGUCGCAGCUCAGGCACUGAUACUGCUGUCUGUAUUCCUUCUCUCCAGUCUUGGUAAUUCAGCAGUUGUCAUCAUUAUCAUCAAGCACAGGCAACUUCGAACAGUGACUAAUGCUUUUAUCAUGUCGCUGUCGCUAUCGGACUUCCUCACGGCUGUCUUGUGUCUGCCAUUCUCCUUUGUUAUGCUUUUCACUAAGGAUGGAGUCUGGAUGUUUGGGGAUCGUUUCUGUGUUGCCAAUGGGUGUUUGAACACCUGCUUUGGUAUUAUCUCCACCCUGACUAUGACUUUGAUCUCCUUUGAUAGGUACUAUUCCAUUGUCAGACAACCACAGGCUAAAAUAGGCAGACAGAAAGCAGCCCAGUUAUUGAUUGCAGUGUGGUUAACUGCUGUAAUUUUCUCUCUGCCUUGGUAUCUGGUAGUCCGAACACCUAAAGAAAUCCAUAAGCAAGGUUUUUACCACUGCAUGUAUGUGUUCCACUCUGGUACCUCACUCAUGGGAACAGCUUAUAGCAUCUGUCUGAUCAUUGUAUGUUAUUUACUGCCUUUUUGCCUGAUGUGCUUUUGUCAUUACAACAUUUGUAAGACUGUUCGGCUCUCAGAAAUACGAGUCAGGCCUGUGACCACAUAUGCAUACUUACUUCGAUUUUACAGUGAAAUGCGAACAGCCACCACAGUUCUGAUAAUGAUUGUUUUCAUUAUUUUUUGCCGGGGGCCAUAUUGUCUAAUGGGGCUAGUUACUGCUAUAGGGGACUACACAUUUAAUCCUGCAAUGGACACAGUGGCCAUCUGGCUAGCUUGGGCAAACGGAGCCAUUAACCCUCUGAUCUAUGCUCUGAGGAACCCAAAUAUAGCCAUGUUACUGGGACGCAGUAGAGAGGAGGGCUAUCGGACCAGAAAUAUUGCUGCAUACCUCUCCAGCCAAACUCAGAACCACGAGGCCCGGUUUAACAAUGCAGAGAGGAUAAAAGACCGCUACCUGAGUCGUGCAGGGCUUAACAGCCAGCUGUUGACUUCGAGUCCUGGAAAAGCAGGAGGGGGAGGAGAAGUGACAAUGUGGGCUUGUAAAAACCCUGCUGUGUACUUCUGUAAGGACACUCAGCAAAAUACUGCAUCACUACCAAACUCAGUCGGCGCUCAAAAGACAAAGAGACCUGACACGAGCCUUUGAGAUUGUAGAGCUUCCAUUACCUAAAGUGAUGGUUUCAUCAAAAGUGUUAUUGCUAUGAAUCAAGAUUUUUUUAAAGACUUAAUACUGUGUAUGACUCCUGAGACCAAAACUCUUAUGUUUAUGAUAACAUUGUGCUCCAGGUAUGAACAAUACAAAGGAUUAUUUGAGUUGUUCGUAUGAAAAUGAUCAUAUUUACAAUGUGCAAGUAUGUUGUGACAAAAGUUUAAGAUAAAACUCAAUUUGAGCAGCUUUUGUGCAUCCUCAUCUUGGAGGAUACCAUUAGGUCCUCUCAAACAUACUCAUUUGAACUAAUUGAAAUGAGUAUGCUUUAAGAAUCUCUACAAUCUGUUCUGUGACAAAAAGGGGGUGCAAAAUAGUUAAUGUCUGAUUUUCAACAUCUUUAUAUCUGUCCUUAAUCUUAAAUGUGCCACAAAGUAUAUGUACUGUUCAUGUCAUUGUCCCUGUCCUCACCAGCAAAUUAACAUUGUCUAUUGUUUGUUUAACAUAUUUAAGCAACAUAAUUAGAUACCCCUCUCCUAACAUGACUUUAGUUGAAACCCCUGAUAGGUCAGUCAGACCAGGAUGUAGCAUAGUGGCAUUUUUCCACAAAUGCUUCAAAAAUAUAUUCAUUACACAGCUGGCUAUCAAACUGCUACCCUUAGAAAGCCUGUUAAUGCACUCAUGUACC